CUAAAAUUCGAAUAAUCAAAACAUCUUACAUAUAUAUGCAUCGUGUCGAAUGUCGAGUAACGUCAAGGAUUGUCUAUAAUAGUAGAGUUGGUUCUUAUAUCUCGAAACAUUUUUCAUAUAUUUAUACACACAAACACAUUCAAUAAGAUAAAGUAUUUUAUCUCCAGUGUAACAAAGGAGUGUUUGAGAAACGAUUCAAGAUGGUGAAAAAGAAUGGACUUUGGAAGCUAACGCAGCUUCGAGCAUUAAUGAAAAAUGUUCAAACUGGUGAUAUUAGAAAAAAGGGCAUCCAGGCUUUAAUCGUUAAUGGAGAAGAUGCGCAUCAAUCAGAGUAUUCGACUGAGCGAGAUCAAAGACGACGAUUUAUCAGUGGAUUUCGCGGUUCUUAUGGUACAGUAGUUAUUAUGCAAGAUAAAGCAUUAUUGUGGACAGAUGGAAGAUAUUAUGCACAAGCUAUGUCAGAAUUAGAUCCAUUAGAAGAGUGGACCUUAAUGAAAGAAGGUUUAUUAGACACACCUACUAUUGCCGUAUGGUUGGCUUCAAAUUUACCUUCAAUGUCUAUAGUUGGAGCGGAUGCUAAUCUAAUAAGUUAUACAGAAUGGGCGCAAUUGCAAACCAGUCUAACUACUGCUGGUCAUUGUUUAAUUCCUCUUUCUGAAAAUUUAGUAGAUAAAGUAUGGGCUGAUGAACAACCAGCACCUACGGCCAAUAUAAUCUUACCUCAAUCAUUACGAUAUUCAGGUAAAAAAGCGGGAGAUAAAGUAAGAUUAUGUCGCGAAGCUAUGGAAGCAAACAAUGUGACAAUACUUGUAGUAACUGCAUUGGAUGGGAUUGCAUACUUAUUAAAUUGGAGAGGGUCUGAUAUACCUUUCAACCCUGUCUUCUUUGCGUAUGUUAUUCUCACUCUAAAAGAUGUACAUGUCUUUGUAGAUAGAAGUAGACUUAGCCAAGAAGCAUUAGAGCAAUUAAAAAACGAAGAUGUCGAUCCAAUUUUUCAUGCUUAUGCAGAUAUACAUGUCUAUAUGAAAGAGCUUGUAAAUUCAUGUACAGAUCAAGAUAAAAUUUGGAUUAGCAAUAAAUCCAGUUAUGCAUUACAUGCAGAUUGCGAAGAAAUUAAGAAACAUACAGACAUUACACCCAUUAGCAUUAUGAAAGCGAUAAAAAAUCCGAUUGAAAUAACAGGUAUGAAAGCAGCCCAUGUGAGAGAUUCUGUCGCUCUCGUUAAAUACUUCGCUUGGUUAGAAGACAAGAUCAAGAAUGCAAAAGAGCAUGUUACAGAAAUUUCAGGUGCGACGCAACUGGAAAAAUUCAGGCAGGAGCAAGAUCAUUUUAUUGGAUUAAGUUUUACGACUAUAUCAUCUAUUGGUCCUCACGGAGCGGUUAUUCAUUAUUCACCCACGGCAGAGACUGAUAUGCCUAUCACGGAUAAAGAACUUUAUCUUUGCGACUCUGGCGCACAAUAUCAAGAUGGUACGACAGAUGUAACGAGAACUCUACAUUUCGGCGAACCCACUAGUUUCGAACGUGAAUGUUUUACUAGAGUAUUUAAAGGACAAUGCCGUCUUUCGACAAUGAUAUUUCCUUUAAAAACAAAAGGGAAUUAUCUUGAUACAUUGGCACGUGAAAGCUUGUGGAACAUUGGCCUUGAUUAUCUUCAUGGUACUGGUCAUGGAGUAGGAUCCUAUCUUAAUGUUCAUGAAGAACCUAUCGGUAUUACAUGGAAGCCACAUCCAGAUGAUCCAGGUUUGCAACCUGGGAUGUUUUUAUCGAAUGAACCAGGAUAUUAUGAAGACGAAAAAUUUGGUAUUAGACUGGAAAACAUUGAAUUAGUUAUUUCUGCAAAGACACCUUACAAUUAUAAAAAUCGAGGUUUCCUUACUUUUGAAACUGUGACGCUUGUACCAAUUCAAACCAGUCUGCUUGAUAUAUCGAUGCUUACAGAUAAAGAGAUUGAAUAUUUAAAUAAUUAUCAUGCAAAAUGUUUGAAGAUUUUAAAACCUUUACUACAAGGAACAGAAAAUAUUCAGGCACUUGAAUGGCUGAAGAGACAAACUCUUCCUAUUUCUCGCUAAUUGUUCUACAAUGUCAAUUUAUAUUAAUAAUUUCUAUAAUAUGUUUUGAACUAUAUAAAAUCUUUUGAGAGAAUAUAACAAAUUUGAUUUAAA